UCCCAUGAUUUUUCUUUAGUUUAAUUCUGUUUCUUAAACAUCUUAAAUACUUCCUUACCUAAUCUUACAUUAAUUCUAAAAUUUAUUGCUACUUUUUGCAAUUUAACCAUUUUUGUAUUAAUAUCUUUAGCAUCGACUUAACUUAAACGUAUAUUCCGACAAUAUAAAUCAAUAGUCCAUUAUAUUCUUUCGUGUGGGGAUUUGAUUUGAUUAAUGUUUAAAGAUUUUAAAAAGACGAAGAUAUGAACCCCAUGAACACGAACCUGCGUUCGAUCAGUGAGCUCCAACAUCGCCAUAUUCAAAUUCCGAUUGCUUCACAUAAUCAGUCACCACCGCCAUUACCACUGAAUCUACCUCGUUCCGAUCUACUUGUUGGAAGAAGAGACGAUUACAAUGAAAUUUGUGUUCCGACAUAUAAAGCAACCAUAACCGGCAAUUGGAAAGCUGCGAAAAUCAUCCUUGACAAACGCCCUGAGCUUGUACGAUUUAGCAUCACUGAAAGCUACGAUACUGUUCUUCACAUUGCUGUAAUGGGGAAAUCAUACUGGUUUGUGGAAUAUCUAGUGAGUUUAAUGGAAAAGGAAGACUUAGAACUCCAAAAUCAAAUUGGGCAAACUGCUCUCUGUUUAGCAGCUAUGGCUGGAAAUGUCAAAAUAGCUAUGAUCUUGGUGAAUAAGAACAAUGCGUUACUAAACAUCCCUGAUAGUCGAGGUAUGAUGCCACUUUACAUGGCUGCUUUAUUUGGAAAACAUGAUAUGGUGAGGUAUCUUUAUCACAAUUCCCAGAAAUUAACUGGUGAAUUUUGGACAUAUCACAAUAGAGGUUGUGUUCUUUUGAAAUGUGUAGAAGCUAAUCUAUUUGAUGUUGCAUUACAAAUUGUGAUGGAUUGUCCAGAACUUGCUAUAAAUGGAAAUGUACUUGGAUUAUUAGCUAGAAAGCCUUAUGCAUUUGAUGCUACAAGAACUAAUAUUUUCUGGAGACUCAAAUGUUCAUUUUUUGCAGUGUGUCAUUUAAAGAUUGGGAUUCCCGAUAUGGAAAGUCACGCCCUUCAAUUACUAAGAAUCGUUUGGGCAGAAAUUGUGAAACUACCAAAAGCUCAAAUUGAUGAAAUAAUACGGGGCCCACCAGACCAAACUAAAGAAGAUGAAAAACAAACACGCGAUGAAAAGGAAAAACAAGAAACACUUUUACUACUAAGAACCAUAUCAGACAACGUUGCAAAAAUGCCUUCUAGAAUCUUUAACCUAUUCAAAUCCCCUUUUGAUGAAAAUGCAACAACUUCAAAACCUCCAAAUCAAAGAUACUCUUCUCGGGUGUUAUUUCUUGCAGCAGAAAUGGGCAACACUGCGUUUGUGGUGGAAGUUAUUAGGCAAUAUCCACAUUUAGUGCGUGAGGUGAAUGAUAAUAACCAUAGUAUAUUUCAUGUUGCUGUGUCACAUCGUCAUGAAGGGAUCUACAAUUUGUUGUAUGAGAUAGGGGCACUCAGGAAUUUGAUAAUUACGCUUGAAGAUAAAAAUGGGAAUAAUAUGUUGCAUUUAGUCGGGGAGAGUGCAAAGAUUAAUAGACUACAACAUAUCCCGGGAGUUGGUCUUCAAUUGCAUCUAGAAACACUAUGGUUUAAGGAAGUAGAAGCCAUACUCCCUCCUCCUUUCCGAGAAAAAAAGAACGCAUCGGGUCUAACACCACACGAAGUAUUCAACAAAAACCACAAAGAAUUAUUUUCAAAAGGUGAAGAGUGGAUGAAAGAAACCGCCGCCCAAUUAAUGGUGGUUGCAUCACUCAUCGCCACCAUCUCAUUCGCAGCCGCUUUCACAUUUCCCGGUGGAUACGACCAAGUAACCGGAGUCCCCAUUUUCCUCAAAAAAAAUCUUUCAAAAAUCUUCAUAAUCUUCGAUGGCUUAUCAUUUAUAUCCGCCACAACCUCAAUCCUCUUGGUGUUAUCCAUUUUGGGAUCCGAUUAUAGUGAACAUGAUUUCAUGAUUUCUUUACCCCAACAACUUAUGAUAUGUUUAGCUUCACUUUUCAUCUCUAUAGCCACCAUGAUCCUCACUUUUCUCAUCAACUUUUUGUUGCUUUAUCAACAUUAUUCUAGAUGGAUACCCGUUUUUAUUAGUUGUUUUGCUGCGGUUACGUAUAUGAUAUUUGGUAGCCCGAAGUUUCCUCUUUUGGGUCGGUUUUUAUAUGGGUCUAGGUUUCUUUUUGAAAGAGAGAGGAGAAUGCUUAAGAAGCCUAUAUUCUAGUGAUUUGUAUUUAUAGUAUUUGUAAAGAUGUGUUUUGUUUGUAUAGGUUUUGUAAUUAGAGCGUAUGCUAUGGGCUAUUUGUGUAAAUUAAACAAAUGGUAUAUACUAUAUUACUAUAUAGCUUGUUAAUUUGAUUCA